AUGGAAAACCCUCAUGAAGAGCAACAAAACUCUUUGCUUAGCAGAAUUAUAUCUAACGUUCAAAAGCUCAACGACGUGUUGGAGGACGUAAACGAGCGAAUGGACGAAAUCAAUCAAUACAACGAGAAAAUUGGAGUGUUGUCCCAAGUAUGGGCAAACUAUAGUAGAAAUGUCAUGUUUAAUCUACAAAGCAUCAAAAAACUAGAGGAUCCGAUCUAA